AUACUGUUGUACUUCUAGUUUGUUAAUUGUGACAAAAGCAUAGUAACAGUUUUAGCAGGCGCAAUAGAGUCUAACCUCUCUUCUAAGCUGAGUAUAUCUUUGGAUAAAAAAUAACGCUGCUUGGCAAUGGGGAGCACUUUUCUCUAUUUUGCGUACGGGAGCAACCUAUUAGCUAAAAGAAUUCAUAUAAAUAACCCCAGCGCAGUGAGAGUCGGAAUCGGCAAAUUAAUGAACUAUCAACUUGACUUUCUAAAGUACUCUAAACGUUGGCGUGGGGCAUCCGCAACCAUAGCCAAAAACGAAAAACGACAUGUUUGGGGGGCUAUCUGGGAGAUUGAUUUACAACACAUGGAAACUUUAGACAGACAAGAAGGCGUCCCUGAUAAAAUCUACUUUCCGUUAGAUGUCGAUGUGAUUUUGCCCGAUGGUAGCAGCAAAAAAUGCCGUGUUUACCAACAAUGCGUAAUUCCGUCUGUUACUGAAAAAAUUGAGGACUUGGCCGAAGAUAGGCAGCCGUCUGCUGUAUACUUGAAUAUUAUUAAGGCCGGAGCUAAAGAAUCUAACAUACCUGAGGAGUACCAACAGUUCUUGGAGAGGGUUCCUGAUAACGGUUACAGCGGCAAAGUGGACAUCGACGUAGCACUUAACAUAAAUUAAAACGUUGCUUUUACACAAAACACAAAACAAACACGAUUAUUCUAAAGACGUCUUCAGCUUUUAAAAAGUGAAAUUGUUACUAGGGACUUUGCGUUGUGGUGGUUGGUACUAGAACUGUAAUUCAAUUUUUAAACGUUUAUAAAAAAAUCUGUGAGAAACUACUGUAAUAACAGGUAAAAAGAUAACUAUUUAUAAUUUUUUAGCCGAACCUAGAUUAUUUCGUCAAUAUCAAUAGUUUGUCGUAGAUUAUUCCAUAGUGCGCGUCAUGUCGCCAAUUCAAAGUUUCCGCGAACUCAUAAAAUAAAAUAUCGUAACCCCAUUACAUAA